AUGCGGGAUGCCAAGCCGCACACUCGAAAGGUGUCGCAAGGUGUUGCGUCGCAGAAACGUGGGAGUAGCUUGAAUGCAUCGAGCUCGCCGCGCACUGAGCAGGUGCCCGUGACCGUAGAGACGCCACCCGUGUCGCAUCCGGUGCUGCGGUCUUGGGCGUCAACAUAUCCUUUGCGCUACGAUGCUGACACUCCUCUACCGAAUCCCGCUAGCCCUGCGUGGAGUGGAUCGAGCAGGCACUCGCCGUCGAUGCGCACGACUGCAUCGUCGCCACAUCUCCAGGCACAUGGUGUGAGUAUGAAUAAUGUGGCACAACUGUCGUUGCCGACGACAUCGGUCGACCAGGGCCAAAUGUCGCCUCCCAGAAGGUCGCAAGCUGAUUUGAAAGGCCUGGGUGUCUCGAUGGAGGGCGGGCGCAAACUGCCUACGUCGGCCGUUCCUCCCAUCAACACGAAUCUGCGCAGCGUUACACCCGAAAUAUCGAUGCCAAGCACGCCGCUGUACGUAUCACCUCCCAGUUCUCAAGCUCCGAGAAUGCGUGCUCUAUCGCAAGGAGCAGCCAGUGUGACACGCCGCACGCGACCUACGCUGGAGGGAGGCGAGGUGUCGAAACAGUCGAGCAGUCCCAACUUGGGCCUUGUAUUUCGCGCGAAAAAUGCGUCCGACUUGAGUCACUCGCCUGAUUUUCCCAAUCCACAUGCCAUACCAGACCCGCCAACCUCCAGCCGUACGGUACGGCAGAAGCAGCAUCUGCUCAAUGAAAUGGCCGAGACGGAGCGCUCGUAUGCUGGAGAUCUCUGCGUGAUCACCAACUUGUACAUUUAUCAAGCUCGUCUUCGUGCAGGUAUGCGUUCCAUGACGAACUCAUCACUCUCGGUGCUGCAGCCGUCGUCGCGGGCAUCGAGUGCGUCGUCAGAGCCUGAGAUCGAUCCACGCGCUUCACCUAACGACAUGGAUUCACGGCGCUCACCUAUGCUUCUCCGGCCCCAGUCGCCCAUGUCGUCUGGGCGUGCGUCGCCCGUGCCGCUCUUUUCCGCAGCACUGCCGUUCUCUGUGACUGAUAUUCAGGUGAUUUUUGCCGGUGUUGAAUCAUGCACAUCCCUGGCUCUUAGCAUGUCGAAUUUGUUGGCGGCUGCGGCGCGCGGCGAAUGUAAUGUUAGCUCGGUGUUUCUGGACAAGUGGCAACAGAUUGAGCAAGUAUUUUCGUUCUACUGCUCGCGACACGAGGCCAGCAUAGCCCGUCUCAGCGACAUGGUGGCACGCAAUCCUGCCACAUCAGCCUUUUUACGUGAAUGUGACGACGUAUCGCGGCAGCACACGACAGCCUGGGACCUACCGUCGCUGCUGAUCAAACCUGUCCAGCGCGUGCUCAAAUACCCGCUGUUUCUGCGCUCGAUCAUGGAGUGUACAGAGCCGCACGACCCUGAAUAUGUGCAGCUGCAGAUGGCCCUACGCCAAAUGGAAGGUGUGGCGAGUCGCAUUAAUGAAAGCAAGAAGCGGAUGGACAUUGUGGGGCAGCAUGGCUUUGAGCAUCCAGCGGCUCAGCGCUCCGGAUUCCGGUCAGGUCCGCUACGGCGGUCCAAGACACCAUCGAAUGUCGAUACGGCGCCACUGACGGACGAUGAACAUCGUUAUCAUGAUUUGGUGGCACAGCUACAUAUGGCGGAGAAAUACAUCGUCCAGUUCACCGAGCGGUGCUCGCAAUGGAUGCAAAACGUGCGUCGAAUGUACUUGGUCGAGAUUCGCGCGAUGGAUGAGUGGAUGGCUGUGUACCGCUGCGGCGAAGUACGAUAUGCGGCGUCGCUCGAGCGUCUCCAUCGGUUCCGGGAGCUGCUGCACUGGCGCGUGCUGAAUUCGGCAUACUCACAGCUUGAGACGUCCAUGCACCAUGCCGUGUAUGUCAAGCUGAAUGCGCUACAGAACUUACUUGAACGCCCCAAGAUGGUGAUUUUGAACCGUGCGGCGAAGGAGCCAGACUUUCGCCGCUACCUGCAUGAUCGGGCGCGUCGCCCCAAGACCAAGCUUCAUGGAGGCGCCUUGGCCUUUCUUUCAAUGCAUGUUCAGCUGAUGAGUGAGAUUCCCACACUGCUUCGCUGCAUCGACUUGGUGAUGAUGCGCUGCCUGUACGCACUCACCUGCGUCCAAAUGACCUUUUUUGGUCAGAUGACCGAUCUGCUGCAUGAGUUCGGCGCCAAGUACAUGCCUGGCAUCAGGACGCCGGUGAUGGUGAGUCCGAUAACAGGCGGGCACAUGUCGGACAUGCUCCCAUCCUCCGCUGACUCGUCCAUGACAGGCACAGAUGCAUCGCUGCACCUCACCGAUAUUCCCUGGCCACAACACGCCCACCUUCCGCUCAUGAUGCAGAAUUUGAGCGUGUCACAGCCGAGCCCUGAACGUGUGCUCCACACAGGUAGGAACGCGUCCCACUCCCUGUCUCCUUCUACCACGCCUCAUAUGACGAAUCCUGAGCCACUCACUCUUCCUACGUUUCCGUCUCUUGAUAUCCCUGUUUCUAUGACCGUUGCCGAGACACGUGAGCACAGACUCAGGCGUACUUCAGCACAGCCCGCUGUGCCGCUGCUCCGCCCCGCGCCCGUGACGGACGUGGCCCCAGCUCCGCCAAUCCGCCCCCUCUCGACCAGUGGAGUGCCUCUUAUGAUGCCGUCGGGCCCCGCUUCCGCCCCUGCCAUUGUCGUUCAGCCGCAGCAGGCCUGGGACAAGGCCCUCCAGCGUCGAUCGCAGUUCUCGGCUGACGAGUCCCUUGCGUCGCAUUUGGGAGACGCAACGACGUUUUAUGAUGCGCGCUCGUCCAUCGGCGAUUUAUCGGUCCAGCUGCGCUCUAGCGAUACCUCGGCCCAUGCCCUCCCUCGUCCAUAG